AUGGAGAGGCUCGUCGGAGGAAAGUAUCAAAUCGGUCAAAAAAUUGGCAGCGGAUCAUUCGGACAAAUUCACAUUGGGGCACAUAUCGAAACUUCUGACAUUGUGGCCAUAAAGAUGGAGAACAGGAAAACCAAUCAUCCACAGCUAAUGUAUGAGGCAAAGUUAUAUAAUAAUCUUCAAGGAGGAAGUGGCAUUCCAAGAAUGAAAUGGUGUGGUACUGAUGGAGACAAUAAUGUUCUUGUUAUUGAACUUCUGGGACCCAGUCUUGAAGAUUUCUUUUUCUUCUGUGAGGGCAAAUUUUCACUCAAAACAGUUUUGAUGCUGGCUGAUCAGUUGCUUUCAAGGAUAGAGUAUUUGCAUUCGAAGGGUUAUUUGCACAGAGACAUCAAACCGGAUAACUUCCUUAUGGGUCUUGGGAAGAAAGCAAAUCAGGUUUAUAUGAUUGAUUUUGGACUAGCAAAAGGAUAUAGGGACCCUAUUACAAACAAGCAUAUCCCUUACAGAGAGAACAAAUGCUUAACAGGGACUGCACGUUAUGCAAGUUAUAAUACACACCGAGGAAUUGAACAAAGUCGUCGAGAUGAUUUGGAGUCUCUUGGCUAUGUUUUAAUGUACUUUUUAAGAGGAAGCCUUCCUUGGCAGGGUCUGCAAGCUGCCACCAAAGAGCAAAAAUAUGACAAAAUUUGCAAAAAGAAGUUAUCAACUCCUAUUGAGAUUCUUUGCAAGUCAUAUCCUGUGGAGUUUGCUUCUUACUUUCAUUAUUGCCGCUCCCUGACAUUUGAUCAACGGCCAGAUUAUGGACUUUUGAAGCGCCUGUUUCGCAAUUUGUUCACUCGUGCAGGAUAUGAUUCUGACUAUUUAUUUGACUGGACGAUUCUAAAAUAUCAGCAGAUGCAACUGCAAAAGGCCAAAAGUCAAUCAACUCCUCCAGUUGCUGUACCUACCGGCCUUGAACCAGUGGAUAUGGAUAAUAAUAAUAAAGGAGUCAAUGAUUCCUCUCAAAUUGCUGUGGCAACACUAUCUAACAAAGUCGAUAGUUCACGUGUUCGGAUGAAGACAAUGGUAUCUAAUGCUCAGAAUGCCAAGACUCCAACAGAGAAACAUGUAUACAUCCUGAUGAAAAUUUCACAGUUGUUUUCUUUACUCUAUCCAUUUUUUCAUAAACAAAAGGAAUUAACUUAUAUUUUGGUUCCUUUAAAUGUGUUUCAGUCAUAGUCCCUGGUUCAAACUAAUGUCAUGUUUCAUUGCUUAAAUUAUUUAAACUCAUUUCAUAUUAC